GUCACUUCCAGCCCUUCAUUCCCAUGCGCUAUCCGGUGUGGGUGCUCUGGUUCGGUCACGUUGGUUACCCCGGGAGCGUUGGAUGAGGUGACCCUAACGCCAUGAAGAUCACUCGUCAAAAGCACGCUAAAAAGAUCCUGACUCUUUACCGGUACAGCUUCCGCUUCCGGGAACCGUACCAGGUGCUGCUGGACGGGACUUUCUGCCAAGCGGCUCUAAAGAACAAGAUUCAGAUCAAGGAGCAGCUGCCGAAGUACCUGAUGGGGGAGGUGCAGCUGUGCACCACGAACUGCGUUUUAAAGGAGUUGGAAUCCUUGGGGAAAGAACUGUAUGGAGCUAAAUUAAUCGCCCAAAGAUUUCAAGUGAGGAGCUGUUCUCAUUUCAAGAAUCCCGUCGGUGGCUCUGCAUGCCUUUUAUCCAUGACUGCGGAUAACAACCCACACCAUUACUUCAUCGCCACGCAGGAUCAGGAACUGGCAGCAAAAAUUAAGAAAAAGGCAGGCGUGCCUCUGAUGUUUAUUAUUCAGAACACUAUAGUGCUUGACAAGCCUUCCCAAAAAUCUGUGGCCGCUGUCCAAAGCGGGCAGACCAGUCAGAUCAUUCCUGAACACCAGAAGCAGAACAUCGAGCACCUCAAGGAUGAGCAGGAGUUGUCGAAGGCGCCCGAACGCAGAGGGAAGAAACGAAAAAGAGUCAGCGGCCCCAACCCCUUAAGUUGCCUUAAGAAAAAGAAUAAGCCGGCAGCUCCUCCGGCCACGUCGGCUUCGGAACAAGCCAAACGCAAGAGGAGAAGGAAGCGCAGUAAAGCAGCAGGGACAGAGGCUUUAAAGGCAUCGUAACGUGUCUGAGGACUGAAAACCACAUUUGGACAAUGACUUUAUAAUUACUGCAAAUGUUAUUUUUAUAUUAAGGGUUUUUUAUCUUUCGUUUGAUGUAUUCAUAAUUCAUUGUGAAUAAUAUACAUAACUGGGAAACACUUCUGUGUGUGUGUGUGUGUGUGUGUGUGUGUGUGUGUGUGUGCGCGCGCAAAUGUAAUUUGUCAACCACCAAGGUUUUACUUAAAAAAGCAGGAAUUUGCAGGAGAAUUGUAAGAAA